AUGAAAUAUUCUAUAUUCACUGUUUCGAUUACAAUUUCUCUUCAUCUUAUCAUGAUUUCUUUUAUUGUCACCUACGUUUUUCUCGUUUCUGGUGGAUUCUCAAUCAUCGAUUCAUUGCUACAAAAGGAGGGAGCGAAGCCUAUGUCAUUUUCAAUCAUCCGCAAGAGGUGGAACCAAUAUCUAGCAGUUCGUCGCAAUGAUCCCAUCAUCAGAGUUCUCUUUGUUUCAUCAGAUUGA